AUGGGGAAGCUGGCGGUAGGAGUGGCGGUUGGGGUGGCGGUGGUAGCGUGUGCGGUGGCAGGAGUGGUGGUGGGGAGGAGGGUACGGAGUAGGAGGAAGUGGACGAGAGUGGUAGGAGUGUUGAAAGAGUUAGAAGAAGCAUGUGAGACGCCAGUUGGGAGGUUAAGGCAAGUAGUGGAUGCUAUGGCUGUGGAGAUGCAUGCUGGUUUGGCUUCCGAAGGUGGCUCUAAGCUUAAAAUGUUACUCACCUUUGUUGACCAUUUGCCUACUGGGAGUGAGAUAGGAACUUAUUAUGCUCUAGAUCUUGGGGGUACUAAUUUUAGGGUCUUGCGAGUUCAGCUAGGAGGUAAAAGAUCUUCAAUCUUGUCUCAAGAUGUGGAGCGACAACCCAUUCCCCAGCACUUGAUGACAAGCACAAGUGAGGAUCUCUUUGAUUUUAUUGCUUCAACCUUAAAGCAAUUUGUCGAAAAAGAAGAAAGUGGGUCUGAGCCUUCUCCAGUUAGAACAAGGGAGCUUGGGUUUACAUUUUCUUUUCCAGUGAAACAAUUAUCUAUUCGUUCAGGGAUCCUUAUCAAAUGGACAAAAGGAUUUGCCAUUGAAGACAUGGUUGGAAAAGAGGUGGUGGAACUUUUAGAAGCAGCAUUGGUCAGAAGUGGUUUAGACAUGCGUGCUGUGGUAUUGGUAAAUGAUACUGCAGGAACCUUAGCACUUGGGCGUUAUCAUGAUGCUGACACUGUUGCUGCUGUGAUAAUUGGAACGGGUACUAAUGCCUGUUAUUUAGAGCGGGCAGAUGCCAUCAUAAAGUGUCAAGGUCUUCUUACAACUUCUGGAUGCAUGGUUGUUAACAUGGAAUGGGGAAAUUUCUGGUCAUCUCAUUUGCCAAGAACUUCUUAUGAUAUUGAUUUGGAUUUGGAAAGCCCUAACCCAAAUGAUCAGGGUUUUGAGAAAAUGAUAUCAGGAAUGUAUCUCGGUGACAUUGUUCGGAGAGUUAUUCUCAGAAUGUCGCAAGAAAUGGAUAUAUUUGGACCUGUUUCCUCCAGAUUGUCAAUCCCCUUCAUUUUGCAAACACCUUCUGUGGCUGCAAUGCACGAGGACGACUCUCCUGAACUGAGAGAAGUAGCUAAGAUCUUGAGAGAAACUCUGGAGAUUCCAGAGGUCUCUUUGAAGGUCCGAAAACUUGUUGUAAGAGUAUGUGAUGUUGUGACCCAUAGGGCUGCUCGAUUGGCAGCUGCUGGCAUUGUGGGAAUCUUGAAGAAGAUUGGACGGGAUGGGAGUGGAGGCAUCACUGGUGGAAGAAGUAAAAGUGAUGUAAAAAUGAGAAGAACAGUUGUGGCGAUUGAGGGGGGUUUAUAUACUAGGUAUACAAUAUUCAGAGAGUACUUGCAUGAAGCCCUGAAUGAAAUACUGGGAGAAGACAUGGCCCAACAUGUUAUUCUUAAGGUUACAGAAGAUGGAUCAGGCAUUGGCGGAGCUCUCCUUGCUGCCUCAUAUUCAUCCUACAGUGUGGAUAACUCACAGCAUCUCGUGGUUAUGGCAAGUUUUAAUGACCAUCAAGCUCCUCACCACCAUCCAUUAUCAUGGGUCGGCGCCAACUCCGCCAUUCAUGGUCCAUUUUGCCCUAGACAUUACCUUGCCGUUAUUGACUUCACCACCACCACCAUUUUACAUAAGGAAUACGUUAUUGCCAUCACAUCUGACAAACCCUAA